GAGAUAAUGACGGUUGGACUGCAUUACACAGUGCUGCUCAAGGGGGUCAUCCUGAUGUCAUGGAAUUUCUCAUCAGUCAAGAAGCUGAUGUGAAUGAGGGAGAUAAUGACGGCAGGACUGCAUUACACAUUGCUUCCCAGAAGGGUCAUCUUGAUGUCACUAAAUAUCUCAUCACCCAAGAAGCUGAGGUGAAUAAAGGAGAUAACGAUUGUUUGACUCCUCUACACCAUGCUGUUCAAAAUGGUAAUAUUGAUGUCGUUCAAGUCCUUCUGGCAGGAGGAGCACGUUCUGACACAGAAGACAUUCACGGGCACACACCUCUACAACUGUGUUCAUCACUCGGGUACCAAAGCAUCGCUGAUCUAUUCAUCGACCGUUCAAAUUACAAGCUCGCCCAGAAUGAUUUAACUGAUAUCCAUCUUGCCAUACAACACGGUAACACGUCCAUCAUUGAGAAGUUAGUUUCUGAGGGAGCUGAUCUCAAUGUCCAGUCAACUGACGGCCAGACGUGUCUGCAUGAAGCCAUUAGACUCUGCUAUAAGAGCGUGAACACCGUGCAAAAAACUGACUCUCUAAGAAAGAUCUCUGAUGAGUAUUACAAGGGCGAACUAUCUCCUGAGAAGGCCUUGGUGUUCUAUCUCCUAGAGAAUGGAGCAAAGUCAGAUGUGAGGGACACGGCAGGCAAACUACCAAUCCAAUAUGCCAAGGACGAAGUGAUCAAACAAAUGAUUUUGUCAAGAUUACCUUCUUUAGAGGAGAUCCAUUCUUAUCGAGAUAGUGGAAAGGGCGAUGCUCUGUUGAAUACGGAACCUGCUGGCACAUCUCAAGCUUUAGCUGAGGAAUCAGAUCAAAGAACUAUGGAGGCCGAGAUGAACGACUAUGACAAUCUUCCGGCAAAGGCGCAAAGUGAUGGAACAUACAGUGAAGAGCCAAUAGACCACGCCUUAGGUGAAUUGACAGGACUAGAUUUCCCUCGGAAAAUAGAAGCAGUGCAAGGCCCCACAGGAGGACAGACCAUGAAACAGGAGCCUUCAGCAACCAAUGUCCAACCUCUUCCAGAUGACACGUCCUCCGCGAACCAAGUCGGAGAGAAAGUCCAUUGGGAUCUUUUGACAGAAAGUCCUCGAGAACUUACCCUUCAAGAUAAUGAAGUAGUAAUAUCAUGCGGUAUCAGGUUCUCGCCUUCUGGAGUCAAGCUCAGCGAAACUAUCAAGGUCACGUUGGACCAUAAUGCACAUUUCACCAAUCCAAGACGUGCAGAGGUCGUCUUCUACACCCGCAACAAAGACUCAACAACUUUUGUGAGAAUUCCCGCAUCCACGGACGGUUGUCCGGCACGUUGUGACGUCAGAUCAAAGGACUUGGAUCUCUACGUAGAUCAUUUUAGUGAUUGGUGGAUUGUGGCCUUAAUCACUCGGUACUUCAUCGGAAAGAGGGUCCAGUGUACGCCAUAUAUACGACCACCUGUCACGAAAGGGUUCACUCACUUAGUGCUACUCUGCAUAACUGACGAUCUCUUGGAUGUUGUUAGGGUGAGACAGAGAUAAGGGCGUU